AAAAAUCAUUGGUUCGCGGAAUCAACCAAUGAAAUCGCAGAGGAGGCGGGACCCAAUAUUUUGCGGGCAUAUUUGAAAAGAACCAUCAACGGAUAUUAGCGAUAGCGAGGCGGAAGACAUUUGCAAAGGGUAAUGGAGAGUAUUUGGCUUGAAGGUUUGAAAAGGAAUUUAAAGAAAAUAAAGGAUGCCAGAGUCAUUCAAGAGGUCAUACCUUUUUCUGGAGAGGAGACUGAUUUCAUGCAGUGUUACAUUAAGAAACUGGAAGAGGAAACAAAGAGCAUCUUCAGGUCCCCUGUGUCUACUCAUAAAGACUACUUUUAUAUUGCAUGUGAAAGAUCUUCCAAAGCAAGUGGGAAAAGCAAAGGCGAACCAACAAAGACAAGAGCUUAUUCUUGCAAUGCUUAUGUGUCAUUCAAAAUAAUCAAAGAUGGAAGUUUCACAGGUGCCGUGGUCAACAAAAUGCUUCAUCACAACGGACAUGAUGUGUGCUUGAAAGAAGAGGGGGUAAAAAAUCGCAUUGACGCAGAGUUAUUAACCUUCAUUGAAAUAUGGCUUGAUCAAGGAAAGUCAAUUUCAGAAACGCUUUUAAAAUGUGUUGAAUGGGCAGAGCGCCAUGGACAUGUGGACAAAUACAAUCGGAGAUAUUACGUUACACCUGAAGAUAUAAGAUUAAUCAAGAAGACAAAUAUUGCUCUUAGUUUUCCUGAUGCCAAAGACUGCAUUAGUGUGGACAAGCUAGUCACAUCAGAGCUGGAGGAAAACAUUCGCUACUAUCAGCCUUUGAGUGAAGUUCAACCACUAAUAAUUGUAGUUCAGACCCCCUGGCAAAAAGAUAUACUUAAAGAACACCCCCAUACCAUGGUAUUCAUGGACGCUACUUACAAGGCCAUGACAUCGUAUGGUUAUGCAUUUUAUGAACUUCUCUUGACCAACUCUAUUGGAAGAGCAGUCCCAUUCGCUUACUUCAUUAUUAGUGAAGAAUCGGCAGACAUACUUGCUCUUUGUUUGGAAAAGCUUGCAGAACACAACCCCGGAUUUCUUCCCAGGUCGAUAAUGAUUGACCGUGACCUUAAGGAACUCAAUGCCAUCAGAAGAGUUUUUCCAACUGCCAAGGUUCUCCUUUGUUGGUUUCAUGUACUCCAGGCCGUGCAUAGAUGGAUGGUUAGAAGAGAUGGAGGGAACAUGCCAGUGAAUCAAAGAAAUACUGUGAUUCAAGCAUUGGUGUCAAUGAAAUCAUGUUUGACGGAAGAGGAGUUUAACAGCAUGUCAGCCAAAAAGUGUGAAGAGCUUGAUGCAUGUCUGGGUACUUCACAUGUAUCGACCUACCUUAAGAAUCACUGGAUUUCUUUAGGAGAUUUGUGGUCCAAUUUUGGCAGGUCAUUCUAUCACGACAACAGCGAAACCAACAACAAGGCAGAGAGAUUUUUUCUCACAAUGAAGUACCAGUUUCUUAAGGGAAGGAUGAACAGCAGGAUUGAUCAGCUUCUUCGCUUGCUUUGUGGUGAUGUACAGAAAUAUUACAGUUACCUAGAUGAACUGACAGAAAAUGGACGGAUCAAAGGAGCGAACACUGACGAGACCACUAUUGCAGCCCAUUCUAUGAUUGCAAAAGGCCUGGAUGCAAAAGUGGAGAUGUAUGAAAAUGGAGUGUGUUUGAUUCCACCCGAUACAAGGACACAAUCUCACAGAGUUGACUUGGUGAUGCAUAAAUGCGAUUGCAAAAGAUUCCAAUGUGGAUGUGUGUGCAAACACUUAAUUUUCUCACGGAACAUUGCAGAAAAACAAGGACUUAUAAUUCAAGAUCUCAGGGCAGAAGUAGCAAGAAAAAUUGUUGAGAGUGAAUCCUACUUAACAGAUGAUGAAAACCUUACUGUCUAUCACUUUGAUGGGAGUGUAGGAAUUGUAAGUCGUAAAGGGACAAACUUUUGCACAUGCACUGCAAAUAGCUAUGGAGAGGUAUGUGUAUGUAUAUUAGUUCACAAUUUUCUCUACAAAACAUCUCGUGAAAACGAAUCUGAUAAUUCACACCGUUUCAAAUUCAGUGAGAAAAAAAAAGUUACACUGCAAGACAUGCUCACAGAUCUUCAUGAAUGGAGCAAAUCGGAAAAAUUUCACGAGGAUAAUGAAGUGUACAGUUUAGUACAGAGAGCACACAAAUUAGUUUUUUCACAGUUUAGCAAACUGUCAAGAAAGCGUAAAGUGACUGCACUUCAUAAUUACCGUAAAAGUGUCAAAAAGGCAAAAAAUGCAAUCACUGUGACUUACACAGUCAAAAAGAAGAAAAAACGUGGUUGA